AUGAAGCCAACGUCCGACAUCAGGGUGUUUGUCACGUUCCCGGAAUCGGCCGCCGUUUUUGCCGGCGAGAGGCUUGAAUGCAAGAUCACCUUUAGGAAUAUUUCCCCCUCGCCUGGCUCCCAGAGAUCGCACGUUCCGAUGCAUGGCUCACCUAGGGCGAGUGGGGGAUUUGCCUCGGGUGCGGGUGGGAGUGCGUUGGGGGGUAAGGCGGUCCCAGUACAAUCACCUACUGCUGCUGGGAAUAGAUCUACCACCGCGAGCCCGAGGAUUCCCUCCGCCAGACCUGUCUCUCAUCACAAACCUUCGUUAUCGCUGAGUACCCCUGCGACAAAAUCCCCUGUUUCUCCUGCUCCCCCGGCUUCCGCAGCGGGUAAUGGGGGGGGACACAAACAUAGGAGAUCGAUAUCAAUUGUUUCCCUUGGAUCCGAUGUUGGGGUUGAAGGUGGUGGACGUGGGCAGGGGGAGGAGGCGGUCAGGUCUCCCCCGCUAAUACAGGGGAGACAGGGGCGGGGAGGCCACUCACGAUCCUCCUCGCUGCAAACAAUGUCUAGGCGUUCCCCUGUCCUGGUUAAUGGGUCUACCCCAAACUCAGGUAUGACCUAUUGUUGGGUUCCUAUUUUGGGGUGCUAAUAUCUGCGGUAGCUACUAUGCCUCCUCCGUCUCGUGCCGGUACUCAACCGUCUACACCAAUGAUAAUCGAAUCAGAGAGUACCAACAACUUCUCCUUUCCGGGGCUGACAUCAGCUAGCCCGCGAGCAACAGGUAGCGCAAAGCCGCUGCCCAAACCAGCCAGCAAAACAUUCAAGUUUCCCCCCGACCCACUGAACACUCCUACGAUUAUUACGGAUAGUCUACAUGUCGAUGAGCCCUCAUCCGAUAGCCCACAACUUGUCCGGAAGGUAUCACAGAUCGAUCUCAGAAGUCCUGUGGAUGAACCGGAAUAUGAAAAAUUGCAGAGCCGGGUGAUAGCUGCUCAUAGUGUUAACGGGGAAACACCACGGUCAAGCGGGGAAUUCUACUCUCUAUCAAACAGCACAACGGAAACGUUGGUGUCGGAAUAUGACCCCCGAGCAGCAGUGCGCCCAGUGCGUUCUACCCAUAACAGGCGUCAUAGCCUCCUGGCCAUUGGCCCACGCUCUUCAGAGUCUUUGAUGAUGGGAUAUGCGCAGGUGCAGGGGAGCUUCGUUCUCGACGGGUCGCUGAUACAGACCAGUAUAUUCGACGAGGUAAAGCGGAAAGGGGUAGUUGGCGGACAAAUGGGAGGGGGAGUCGUGGGAUUGGAGACCAAUAAGGCUGAUGGGGGAUUUCUCAGUGGGUUUGGGUGGGGAGGGAUUGGCGGGGGCAUUACAGGGAUUUUGGGAGGGAAUAAUAUGAGUUCUAUUGCAGAGAUGAAGAACAUAGCUAGUGAAUAUGCACUCCACCAUACAAAGGAGUCAUUAUUGCUUACAGUCCCCCAGGCUCGAGAUCAAUACCUAUACUCUCAACCCCGCAAUCGAUCCUCUUUGUCGAUCUACGACUGAACCCGGGGGAAAGCAAGUCUUACACGUAUAGCUUCCUGUUGCCUGAAGCGCUUCCGCCUACGCAUCGGGGAAAGGCUAUCAAGGUUGUUUAUAACUUGGUUAUCGGGACACAAAGGCCUGGGAAAGGGGUUCAACAGCCCAAGGUUGUCGAGAUCCCUUUUAGGGUCUUUCCCCAUGUUCGUGGUUAGUCGCUUGUAUUAGACCUUUGGUGCGGACUAACGUGAUACAGCCAACGGAUCCAUGUUGGUGCAUGACUUAAUGUCCCCAAUUGUUCUCCUCAGGGAUGAAGCUACGACAGCGUGCAUAGACGAUCAGACAUUAACCCCUCCCGCAAUCCCGUCACCGCCGAGGAAAGCCGUCGAGCAGGAGUCCUCCUUAGAAGACUUUCUCUCCUACGUGGACAGUCUGCUAGCACCCACAGACGCAGUAUCAACACCGGAUUCUCUGGGCAUCCUCUCACCUUCAAUCCCAACAUCAUCAAAACGUUUCUCAAUCAUGGAAGAACCACAAAUCACUAGCUCCAAAGACGCUAUAGAAAUGGCCAUCCUCCGAGGCCCGGGUGGAUCGUCCGACGGCCGCUGCAGCAACUUCGAAAUCGCGCGCAGCGGGCGAAAAGUAGCAACGCUAACACUCUCACGUCCGGCAUACAAACUUGGCGAGACAAUAACUGCUGUCGUAGACUUUUCCGAUGCGAAGAUUCCUUGCUACCAUGUAUUCUUCCUUCCCCCCUCGCUGCUCCCAUGAUUGCGCGGUGCUGACCUCAACAGAUAACCGCAGUCCUCGAAACCUCCGAAACCGUAACCCCCUCUAUCGCCCUCCGCAGCACAUCCAGCAUCCACCGCGCUACACGAAAACUCCACUUCCAGCACUCUCAGUCCACCCUCUUCUCAAAGCGCGUGGUAUUCACCCCCACAAUACCCACCUCCGCCACCCCCGAAUUCUCCACCUCGGGCGUAUCCUACAUAUGGGCUCUCCGGCUGGAAUUCGUCACGCCGACUCAAUCGCUGACUGCCUCUAUCGCUGAGGGCGGCGACGGGGCAGAUGGAACGGUCGUCAUGAUGGAAGAGCUGCUGGAGCGAACGCACGCUGACGACCGUGGGGAACUAUUCGAAGCCAAGCAGAAUGUUUUCGUCGAGAGCUUCGAUGUAGGCAUUCCCGUAAGGGUCUACCCGAAUGCAGCCACGGCUGGUGAGGGUAUUGGCAAUGGGGGUGGAGGCGCUGGGGGGCAAGCUGUUGCGGCAGCGGUUUUGGGAUAUCCGGUCUGAGUCUGGGUUGGGGGCAUUUCUUUUGUUGGUUCAUUUUUAUCUUUAUAUAUUUAUAUAUAUAUUUUUCUUCUUUCGCUCUCUCUUUUCUUACACUACUAAUUGCUUUACUUGCUUGGUUUACUGGCUGCUAUUGUAUAUUUUGUGGAGUUUGGUAUUAUGGGAGGGCGCAUGAGUACGGUUUACGUGGCGGAUAUGGCUGAAUGGUUAUGCGCACACGGGUCUAUCGAUGGGCUGGUAGGCGUGUCGAACGGGAGGAAGUACGAAAGGGAAUGGCUUACCAUAAAUGAUAGUAGAUAAUACUCGUUUUUUUUAUAUAUUUUUUCCCUUUCCUCUCUU